AAAGUAAAGUGAUCCAACUGGUUACGAUACUCAUAAGCAGUUGUUUUAUUUUAGCUCUGAGUAAAGGUUGUGAUUUCUAGAUUUCUGUGAUCACCUGUAUAUCAACUUACAUCAGGGAUAUGAUGUAAUGUUUUUUUGUGUAAUUACACAAGGUGAAGGUCGACUAUGAGAAGGGCACAUUUCCUCACUGGGAUGCCAUGAGGUAGUGGGCAUAAUGGCAGCAGUCGUCAGUGAUAUUCCCGUUAUUUUCUUCAUUUUCAUCUUCGCCUUUUUCAUUGGAUUUAUCAAUAUGGUGGACGCCAUCGACUGCUAUCAGUGCACGUCGAUUGACGGGGGGAUCGAGGAGUGCGAGGACACGUUUGAUGUCGGCAUCAGGACGGUCCAUCUCAUCAAGCGCUCGUGCUUCUACGGCUUCUUCAAGGGCACUCACUGCAUCAAGCUCAAGGGCAAGAAGG